AUGAGCUCCUCUUCAUCGAACGUGGGAAAGUCUGUCCCCGCACCAUCGAAUUCGCCGGCCAUUCAAGCUGGCACAACAACUUCAAGCUUCGAAUCCUCUCGCCGACCAUCACAGGCCGGCUCCUCACAUCCUCAAUCGAUGCCUCGAAAGGUUCAAGGCUCUCGGAAGCAACAUCGAACUCAGCGUCGACCCGCACUUGGUGAACGAUCAAACACUGGUCCCGACGAUGAAGAUGCUAUGGCCGAACUCAGUGCUUUUCGAAACCCCAACAGCAGACGGGGUCAGACUUCGAUUACCCAUCUUCUCAACUACUCUAUGCCACGCCCGGUUUUAGAUAACCAUGCGCAUUCGAGAUCUUAUAGGCGAACACCGACAUGGGGGCCCGGAUCAGGGUACCAUGCCAGCGACAAAGCCAGAUACGUUCAUGCAAAUUACCGAUUUAUACUCUCGCCAGAGGGCACAUAUAGCAAACAAGCAACAGACGCCGAUACACAUUUGGAUUGGUCUCUUGUGAUGCAGAUUAUUGCGUCGAGUGAGUCGCAAGGCUCAUCAUGCCCCAUUUGCCUUUCGGAGCCUGUAGCGCCUCGAAUGGCGAAAUGCGGUCACAUCUUUUGCUUACCCUGCCUAAUCCGUUUCAUGAAUUCGGUUUCGAGCGAUGAUGAAGCAAAAGGUCGGGGCCCAAGGUGGAAGAAGUGUCCUAUCUGCGAAGACUCGAUAUAUAUGCAAGACGUUCGACCUGUUCGGUUCUAUGCGGGUCAGGAAAGUCCCUUCCCUCGCAUUGGCGACGACGUGGUUUUACGGUUGAUGGCACGAAGCGCACACUCGGCAAUGGCGCUUCCACGCGAAAGCGGCGCUGAAGCGCUAUACUCUGAAAACGAUAUUCCGUGGCAUUUUGCUGCCAACGUUCUAGACUAUGCGCGUAUGAUGAAAGGCACCACUGAAUAUAUGACAGCUCAGUAUGACGAAGAGAUCGCAGCACUUGAUCAACAAGCAAAGGAAGAUGAGACCCUUUUUGGACAAAAUGACGAAUGGUCCCAAAAAGCGAUUCGGGCCAUCGUGGUCGCGAAGGAGAAGCUGGCGGACCUUCAUGUUGCUGAAAGCCCAGUCACGGCAAAGCCUUCUUCAGACGCCGAUUUCUACUUUUACAGUUCUCCGCCACAUCUAUACCUCUCACCGUUGGAUAUUCGCAUUCUGAAGACGAAGUACGGAUCUUUCUCGUCGUUCCCUUCUACGCUACUUCCUCGUGUCGAACACAUCUCUACCGGUCACGUUGUAGAUGACACAAUGCGCCGAAGGGCGAAAUACCUCGGGCAUCUUCCUCGCGGAUGUGUUGUCAACUUUUUAGAAUGCGACUGGACUGAUAUUGUGCCAGAAGAGACGCUGGCAUCGUUCUCGGCCGACAUUGAGCGAAGAAGAAGACGCAACCGCGACAAAGAGACACAGGAAGAGCGGGAGCGUCUUCAAGCUGAGCGCCUUGAAGCUGCAAACCUGCGCAAGACGACUGGAUACCAGAGGCUUCCCGAGGCGUUGGAAGAGGAUAGGGCCCCUCGCAUAGAUCUUGAGGAGUUCCAGCCAUUGAGCGGUCAUUCCGGCACCACGCCCCCUGAUCCUCGACCAGGAUUCGAGAGUUUGGCUGAUAUGUCAACCAGCCCAUCGACCCAGAAGACAAUCUGGGGCACCAGAGUGGUCAACGGAGGGUCACCUGAGAUGGUAGCUACACAACCUUCGGACGGCAAUGACGGCUGGCUUAGAGAUGAGGACUUGUUUGAUACGGAUGACCUUACGAUGCAAAUACAGGCCAUCGAGGCGGCAGAGAGUAGUAUCCGUCAAGAUAGUGUCAGUGGAGCAGGACCAAGUGUCAGUGGUGGAGGAGGUAGUGGUGGCGGUGGUGGAAAGAAGAAGAAGAAACAGAAAAUCACACUCAUGAGCACUGGUGGUCGGAGAGGUAACUAA